AUGCUUUUGGCGUCUCGCUUUCCCCCCAAGAGGCCGGGUGGGGACAACAACAGGGCUACGCCGGCGCCAUCUCAGCAGCCUGCUGCUGCAGCGCCCAGCAAUCCGCAUGCAGCAGGGGCUGCCUCUGCACCUGGUGCUAUAGCUGCCUCUGCACCUGGUGCUACAGCUGCCUCUGCACCUGAUGCUACAGCUGCCUCUGCACCUGGUGCUACAGCUGCCUCUGCACCUGGUGCUACAGCUGCCUCUGCACCUGGUGCUACAGCUGCCCCUACACGUAGUGCUAUAGGGAAAGAGAGAGGGGAUGCUGGAGGGAUUGAAAAGGAGACUGCAGGGAAGGAUGUGGGGUUGCUGUCUGCGCUUUGCUCUGCUGUGGAACAUCUGUCGCUGAAAGACAGUGCUCCGGCCCCUCACUGUGACGACCAGCAUCACAAGGUUCCCAGUCAGCUGUGCGGUGGUGAAACCAGGUUAGCAGCUCGUGGGGCAGGAGCUGGGGAGCAGGGGCGCAAGGAGGGGGAGGAAACAGGGAAGGAGAGAGGAGACGGGGGAUGUGGACGGAGGGCGGAAAGGGAGAGUGGAAGUGGAGAGGAGGGCAGUGGAGGGAAGCAGGUGGGCGGAGGAGGGAUGGAGUGUGUGCCGCUGUUACAGGAUGGAGAAGAGGGCAAGGCAGAGGGGGACGGUUGGCAGCAAGGUGAACGAGGCGUUGCAGAUGCAGCAGUGAAAAUGAAGACACUUGUUGAAGUGCUGGCACAAGGUGAAGUCUUGGUAAAUCAAGGACAGCAAGAGGUACCAGAGAUUGUUGAGAAUCCUCCAAACACUCCUGUGUUGGAUGCAGCAGCGAAGGUGAAGCCACUGGUUGAAGUGCUGACACAAGGCAAAGAUGACUCGGUGAGCCGAGGGCAGCAGCAAGGACAGCAAGGGGUGCUGGAAGAAGGGGUUAGAGAAGGUAGUAAGGGUAGGACAUGGACUGGGCUUGAGUACACAGCCCGGGCAGUGCGAGAGGAGAAGGCUGGUGGGUUCAAGGUGUCUGGUGGGAAAAAAAGGGCGCUGCAGCAGCAGCAGCAGCAGGAGCAGCGGGUGCGGGAGUGGGAGGAGAUGCGGCAGCAGGUGCUGUUGAGGAUGAGAAGGGAGGAGAGGAGGAGGGAGAGUGAGAGGAGGGAGGCGGAGGAGUAUGGGGUGAGGUUUGAGGAGGUGCCGUGUGUGCGCGUGGUUGAAGUGGUGGAGUUGGUGGGAGAGGAGGGUGUGGUGGGAGAGGAGGGUGUGGUGGGAGAGGAGGGUGUGGUGGGGGGUGAGAAGGAGGCAUGCUUGGUUGUGGAAGAAGCAGGAGAAGCAGGAGAAGCAGGAGAAGCAGGAGAGGCAGGGGAUGUGACAGGUGUGGGAGGAGUGGUAGGAGUGGCAAUGGAGAUGGAUGUUAGAGUGGUAGGGGGGGUUGAAGGGGGGAGUGUUGAGGAGGGAAGUGGUGAUGCGACGAGGUUGGACGGGGGUGAUGAGGUUAGGGCAAGACUGGAAGCCACAGGAAAAGCAAGUUCGAGUUUCCUCUCUGUUACUGCCCCUGCCACUGCUGCUGGUGAUGGUGAUUGUGAUUGUGGUGCUGGUGCUGGUGCUGGUGCUGGUGGUGCUGGUGAUGCUGGAUGCUGGUGA